UGAAGGCGGUCUCUUCUUCUUCUUCUCUCUGCAAAUUGUCCCGCUCUGUUUCUACCGCUUUCCCCCGUUCGAUUGAGUUGGAAUCUAUUUCUCGAAGUGACUCGUCAAAGAUUUUGGAUUCCAGUGCUUGGAUUUUCAUAGACUAUCGUCAAACACUAGGCGGACGGCUACUAGGGUUAGCUGUGCACUUGAGUUGGAUAGCUAGGGUUGAUCAACGGUUAGGGAUUCGUCUCCGGAUGGAGGGAGGUAGCGUCUCUAGACUUCUUCUUCUGGUAUAUGCCAAUGGAAUAUGAUGACAAUGAUAUUGAAGACCAGAAUCGUCACUUAACUGGUGAAGUGAACUCCAAGUUUUCUCCUGUUUUAAGGCCAUAUGCUCUCCCUAAGUUUGAUUUCAGUGACAGCCUUCAUGAUCCUUUAAGGUUUGACAGUUUGGUGGAGAACGAGGUUUUUCUUGGCAUACCAAGUCAGGAAGAAAACAAUUGGAUUGAGGAUUUUUCCAGGGGAAGUGGUGCAAUAGAGUUCGGCUCCAGUGGUGCUGAAUCUUGUUCCAUUGUGAGGCAUAACAAUGCAUGGUCGGAGGCAGCAUCAUUUGAAUCUGUUGAGAUGUUAUUAAAAUCAGUUGGUCAGGAAGAAAUGAUCCCAGUAGAGACUAUCAUUGAGGAAUCUGAGCCCUGUGAUGUGCUUGAUAGCCUAAACGAGCAAAUGGUGGGCUGUUAUCCAAGUCAAGUUGGUGGGGAGGUGGGUAAUGCAAAUUCAAAAGCUCCAUUAGAAUCAGACAAUGUUCUUGGAAAUUUAUCUGGAACAAAUGGCAAUGAAGGUAUUUCACAUGUUCAAGUAACUGAAAUUUCUUUGCUUAAGAAUUCAUGUGGCCUUGAUCAAAACUCAGUCAGUGCAAGACACGAUAUGGAUGUAGUUGAGAAGAAUGUUGCAGGUAAAACAAAAUGUGAUACUGCAACCAUCACUGAACUCCAAAUUUCUGCUAAAGACUUACUUUACAGUGAAGCAGAAGAACGCCCCAGUGCUGGCAUGGAAAUUGAUGGUGCACCAAUAAAUAGCACAAGUUCUUCUCAGAAUGCUGUGGCGUUGAGCCACGGAGAAAGUCACGAUCUUAAGAGUGACCCAUCAAAAGACACUGGUGAUGCAUUAAAUCAAGUCCUUUUGCCGCAUAAGGAGGGUGACAAUGACAAUGCAAUUAGAGAAAGCGCAUUUGCCUCGGUGAAUUGUGCUUUAGCUAAUCUUCCUCAUCCUCCUUCCGAGGCCGAUUCUGAGAAAGUGCAUCGAACUAAUUUUGUUAGUGAGGAACUAUCCUGCCCAUCAUUGGAUGUGAACCGAAAUUUGCAGGGAAAUGGUGAGCAGUUAGAUAGUAAGCCAUCCUUGAUGUCAACUGUAGAGAAUUCGAUUUCCAUAGGAAAAUCUACGGAAUUGCUUGCUGAAAAGCAGAUACAUGGGAGUGUAGAAGGCUUGAUUAAUGUUUGUGGAAUCCAUAAGGAAUAUCUGACUGGUAAUGAAUCUGUAUCCCCUUCCACAUUAGCUGACAAUUUGCAAUUAACCAAAGGAAGUAUUGUAUCUAGAGAGGAUAAUGAUGAUACUUCCCGUAAUGACAAGGAGAAUGCAAGGUCUCCUUGUGAACCUAUUAAUGUGGAAGCUGAUCAAAUAGAAUCUUAUGGAGAUGAGGACAGGGUUGUGUCUGCACCUGAUGAAAAAACCUUGGAGUUGGGCAAUGGUACAUUUACUGACUCAGAACAUGAGAUCAAUGCCAUGAAUAAAGCAGUAUCAAAUAUCGCUUUUCAAGCCAGCAAUCCGGUGCAUGUAGACUUGGAAGAACGAGCAUCUUUGCUACAUGUGGAACCCGUGAGUAUAGGUGAAAUGGAGAAUAUUGAUGCUGAAACGUUGAAGGAACCAAAUGGAUUGCCAAGGGAAUCCCCUGUAAGUGUGGGAAAGUUAUAUACUGUUCCAGAACUUGAAAAAACAGCAUCUUAUGGUUCUUCUGGGGAGUUGAAACAAGAUAUGACUGUCCAGCAUUUGCCGAUGGAGAAGGCCUGUGAUUCAGUUUUUGAUAGCAAACAAUUGAAGGAACAGGACAUGGUUGAUGAAUCAUUUCCAGUUGCAUACACUUCCGAUGCUGCUAAUGUAAAUGAACAGCUGAUAGAUGCCAAAGAAGGCAGUCAAAAUUCUUCUGACAAGUUCGAGGUGGGCUUCAUCUUAUGUGAUCCAGAAGUCAAAGAGGGGACUGGUGCUGUAGUACCAGUUUCCCCUGGAGAUAAUCAAGUUGCAUCAGCAGUCUGUACAGGUGGAGACAGUUCUUGCAAACAUGAUUCUGAAAUGCUGUCUGUUACAAGUAGUUCCGAUCUUUUUCCCAAAAAAAGUAGUUCCGAUCUUAACCAAAAUGAACAAGGUAAGGAAGGCGGAGUUCGGGACUCAAGAAUUAACAUUACUCUACUUCCUGAGGUAGUCAAAGUCGCUUCAGUCUUCCAGAAACCAAGUGGUAAUGGUGCUCCUAAAGUUGAUCCAAGCAUUAUUGGAAUGACAAGCCCAUCAGAAUGUUUUUUAAAGGAAAAAAGUAACAAGAAUACACCAUCAUCUACAGUUAGAAGGGCUUCCAAAAAAUCCAUGGGGUCUGCUGCAUCGCCAUCAACACCUGUUGUUAAUCAAAUGGUUUCUAAACUGGUGUCAGAUGUGUCUUGUGGCACUUCUAUGGGAGCUGUAGAGACUUUAUGUGCACCCAAAGACCCAACAGAACUUAAAACAAGACGUGGGUCUGGAAAGGCUAGAGGAAAAGAUGGUGCCAAGAAGGGAAGUAUUGAUAAUGAAAUUCCAUCUGCCAAACAAUCUGAGAAAGGGAGCAAGUCACGCAUUUCUCCAUUGAUCAUCUCUGGUAGUAGUCCGCCGGUGCAAUUUGAAGGAUUGAAAUCUUUUGGGAAAGUGGAACAUGGCGGUGCAAGCCUUACUCCUGUUUCUUCUUCCAAGUUGCCUGAUUUGAACACAUCAAUGCCUCCAUCUUCUUUGUUUAAGCAACCUUUUACAGAUUUGCAGCAAGUGCAACUGAGAGCACAGAUUUUUGUUUUUGGAUCCUUAAGACAAGGGGCUGUGCCUGAUGAAGCAUGUAUGGCCUCAGCAUUUGGAGUACCUGAUGGUGGUGGGAGGGUAUUGGAUCCUGUGUGGCGUGCUAAUCUAGAACGACUCCAAGCAGGUGCUAGAUCUUUUGAACAACAAAUAAAACAGAGUGUGCCUCAGAUAGUUCUUUCUUCAACUGUUGGUAGACAAAGUAGCAUGGACACCCCUCCAGUUGGCAAUUAUAUUCCCCCUCUGUCACCCCCCCUGUGGAAUGUAUCCACUCCUUCUUUCGAAGGUUUGCAUUUAAGUGGCGUUCCACGAAGUGUAUGUCCUGAUUAUCAUCAAGCAUCUCUACCUUUGAAUCCUUAUCAAACUCCCCCUUCAAGGGGUUUUGGACCUAGCACUUCUUGGCUAUCUCAGGGACCAUUUCCUGGCCCUUUGGUUGCAACUCCUCCGUCUUCUGCCCCUGAUGGAAAAGCUCGCUUGUCUGGUCGGUCCAUGACCGAGGCUGCGAAGUUAACUCCUACCAAGGAGUAUUCAGCACCUGUUAUUUCUGGUCUGAAACAUGGAUCUCUUACUACAGCGCAUUUAGGAAGUUCCAGCAUCUCAACAAACAUUUCUGUGCCUGAGUUAAAGAAAGAUAUAGUAGCAUCCAAGCAGAUGACCGAAGAAGUGAAGUCUAGAAAGAGAAAGAAAGCUCUUGCUUGGGAGGAUGUUGGUCAGACAACCUUACAGACUCAAACUCACACAGGAACUGUUUCUUCUAUUGUUUCUCCUACUCAACUAUCAACAUCUCUAGCUAUUUCUACUCCAAACAUUGCAUCCUUAUUUCCUGCACCCUCCACUAACCCUAAAAGUGUGGGGAAGAGACCACAACAGUCAGCCUUAAUAUCAGAAGACUCUUCCGCUAAAGUGGAGGACUCUAGACAACAAGCUGAAAAUGCUUCUGUUUUUGCCGCCGCUGCUGUUAAUCAAAGACAAAGUAUUUGGAAUCAGUUGGCAAAGCAGAAGAAUUCUAAUAUUGUUUCAGAAGCUGAAGCCAAAUUAGUUUCUGCUGCAGUUGCUAUCAAUGCAGCUGCUUCUGUUGCAAGGGCAGCAGCUGCAGCUGCUCAGGUUGCAUCAAACGCUGCAUUGCAAGCAAAACUAAUGGUUGAUGAAGCACUGUCCUCUAUAGGAACUUGGAACUCUGGCCAGAUGACUACAGCUUCUCUUUCUGAUGCUGUUAACAACCUUGUGAAGUUGGACGCUGCUUCCAUUUUGAAGGGAGGUAAUGGCGCCAACCCUUCCAGUUUAUCAAUCAUAGCUGCUGCAAAGGAAGCUGCUCAGAGAAGAAUUGAAUCGGCUUCAACUGCCUCAAGACAUGCUGAAAACUUGAACACCAUAUUAAAAGCUGCAGAGCUGGCAGCAGAUGCAAUAACACAAGCUGGAAAAAUCAUUGCUAUUAAAGAUCCUUUGCCUUUGAGUCAAUUGUUGGAAGCUGGUCCAGGUGGUCAUUGGAGAGUUCCCCAACCAUCAGGAGAAGUUCCUCCCAAAGAUUAUCCCAGUGCUUCUGGUACCCAUUAUGUGAACAGACAAAGUGUUAAGGAGAAAGAAUCUAAUCAUGGUGAGUUGCCGCUUAUUUCUGGAGAAGUUCCUUUGGAAUCAACGGAAAACAAGAUGGUAACUGCAUAUGGAAGUUUAGCAAUAGAUAUAAGUGUCAAGGAAGCAACGUCGAACAAGUCUUGUAGAGCUUCUAAUAUGACUGAGGCUCUUCCUCCUGAAUCUGGGAAUGGACCAAUCUUGGCUUCUUGCACUUCUGAAGAUUUUGUUGUAGAAGAAGCUUCUAAUCAGCUUGAGAAUAGGAUCAAGGAGGGCUGCCUUGUAGAGGUUUGUAAAGGUGUUAAUGGCCAAGUAGCCUGGUUCCCUGCCAGAGUGUUAAAUUUGAAGGAUGGAAAAGCUUUUGUUCAUUUCAUGGAACGCAAAUCAGAGGAAGGGAGGGAAUGGAUAACAAUUGAAGCUGAAGGUUGCAUGGCACCCAAAAUACGCACUCCCCACCCAAUGACCGUUACACAACUUGAAGGAGCUAGAAAGAUACGUAGAGCAGCAAUGGGGGAUUAUACGUAUUCAAGCGGAGAUAGAGUUGAUGUAUGGGUAGAAUAUUGUUGGCGGGAGGGAAAUGUAAUUGAGAAGAACAAAAAAGAUGAAAGUACAUUUACAGUCGGUUUUCCAGGUGAAGUAAAAACAAUGGUUGUGACUGCAUGGAACAUUCGUCCAACUCUUGUUUGGUGCGAUGGCGAGUGGAUCAAUUGGUCCAGUACCAGGGGAAGGAAUCGGUUAUCCCAGGGUGAUACACCUCAGCAGAAGGGAUUGAAAAGAGGAGAUUCAGUGACCGAUACUAAAAAGGAGAAGGAUAAGAGAUUAAAGCAUAUUGAUUUUGUGGAGGAGACACAAUUUUUGCCAUUGUCAUCAAGUGAACAGGUUCUUAACGUUGGUAAGAACACAGAGGAAGAGAAUAAAAUAAAUAAACUCAGGACAGGUUUGCAAACAGAAGGUUCUAGGGUUAUUUUCGGUGUUCCUAAACCUGGAAAGAAAAGAAAAUUUAUGGAUGUAAGCAAACAUUAUGUUGCUGAGAGAAAGCAUAGGAUUGUCAAUGAAUCUAGUAGUGAUUCAGCUAAAUAUGCAAACUAUACAAGUCCUCAGGGUAUAGGAACUGGUGGAUGGAAAAGUAACAUAAAAGUUGAUAGAAAGGAAAAUCAUGGAGCCGAAUCCAAGGCAAAAGGUUCAAAGCCUGGAAAGCCCCUUAAUAUUCCUAGCCGACCCUUACCCAAGAAGGAUAAGGUUUUGGCAAGGCAAGAAGAUAACAUAGAUCGCACAGUAGGCGGUGAUUCUAAUGCCACAGAUGAAAAUGGAUCAGGCCAACAGAACCGUUUGGAAAUUGGAUCUCGUGGGGAAAGGAUCGGCAGGAUUGUUGAGGUUAACCAAAAAGAUGACGAAAAUGUUGAGUAUGGGAAAUCAGAUCUUGAAGUUUUAGAGCCGCGUAGGUCCAGCCGUAAGAUUCAACCAACAUCAAGACUGUUGGAAGGCUUGCAGAGCUCACUUGUCAUCUCCAAGUUUCCUUCUGUUUCUCAUGACAAAAGUCACAGGAGCCAUACCUCUAAAGGGAACAGCCAUGGUUGAUUCUGUCACUUCUUAGAUGAUUGGUUCUACAACUUAUAAUUGCACCCUUGUGUAUUUAUAUAAUACAGAAAAAGAAUGUUAGAAAUGAAAAUCCAUGACUGUAUGAAUAGUUGUAGUUGUAGUGUGGGGUGGGGUGGGGUGGAUCAUAAUUUAAGUUAAAUAGACGAGAAAUGAUGAUAAUGCUGACAUUUUUUUUAGGGUUCUUGCUACAGAUUUGCUAGCUGUUGUUGGACAGAUGCUGUGAUUGGAUUAAUAAUUUGUCGGAAUAUUGUUAAAAGGCUACAUUUUUAUUU